UCGCACGCACCCACAGCCCACAGGUUGUUGGAAACUUGGAAUUCAUGAGGUGAUUCAUUCGUAUCCUAACAGCGGGUCAAUUGGAAAAUUAGGGUUUUACGAUCUACGCAUACUGAUUGACAGUCGAAAGAGAAGACAACUUCAAGCAUUUCUCUCUUGCAACUCAUAAUCAUCAUCUACAUCUAAUGGCGCCCCCUCCUGGCCCUUACUCCGGCACCAGCACCCUCGCUCUGGUAGCCCGUGCAUCAGCUUUCUCCUUUGGUUUAGUUUACGGAAGCAUUAAACUCAAGGUUCUGAAGGCAAAGGCCAAGUCACGUGCCAAAGCUGAAGCCAAGGCCCAUCACUGAUGAAAUCAUUUAUGAUGUAGCUUGUAGCGAUGGAGAUUUCCACAUAGGGAGACACUCUGAUCACUGGUUGGAGAAAUAUGAUUUUUGGCUUUAAAAUUUAGUAAAUUUUUUUUUUUUUUUUUACUGUUGAAACAAAAGAAAAUUUCUUUGUUUAGACGAUGUUGAGAUGGUGUACGCUUAGUUUUCAGUUCCCAUGGGCAAUUCUGCCUCUGAGAUGGCUGUUCUUGAAAUAAAGGUGACACCUGAUAAAUAAGACACAGUUCGAGAUUCUUUUUUUGUUAAGAUACUACUUUCGUUUUGCUUUGAAGUUUCAACUUAUGAUUUUCUCGCUGACCUCUGGUUCAGUUUAUAGGUUUGUGUUCUAAGAAAGGGAUAUACAUAAGAACCUUUGCUGUUGA